ACCAUCCACUCCCCCCCCCCAGCAAUCUCCGCAUCUUAAGACACCAAGCUCGAUCGCACUCCGAUCCGUCAGCCAUGGCUCGGCUCGCCGCCCUCCUCCUCGCCUUCGCCGUCGCCGUCUCCGCCACCGCGCUGGCCCAUGGCCGCGACCUCCCGACUCAGAUCAAGCUGACCAAGGGCGGCGCCGUGGUGGGCGGCGACAGCCAGGAGUGCGUGUACACGGUGUAUGUGCGGACGGGGUCGAUCUGGAAGGCCGGGACGGACGCCAACAUCACGCUGGAGCUCUACACCGCGGGCAACGCCGACGGCGUGGCUAUCUCGGACCUGCCGUCGUGGGGCGGGCUCAUGUGGCAGGGCCACUCCUACUUCGAGCGCGGCAACCUCGACAUCUUCAGCGGGCGCGGGCCGUGCAUGGCCAGCGCGCCCUGCCGCAUGAGGGUGUCCUCCGACGGCACCGGCGCGCACCACGGCUGGUACUGCAACUACGUGGAGGUCACCGUCACCGGCCCGCACCGCGGCUGCGCCCAGCAGCUCUUCACCGUCGAGCAGUGGCUCGCCACCGACGCCGCGCCCUACAAGCUGGAGGCCGUCGUCGACCGCUGCCCAGCCGAUGGCGCCGCCGAUGCGUAAGAUCGAGUACGCCGGCCUCCUCGUGUGUUGUGGUUGGUGGCGGGUGGUGGUAGCAAUAAGUUGCGGGGCCGUGCGUGUCGGCCCCGUGAUCCGCGUGCACCGCGCCGCGGCACGGAGAUUGUACUGCUACUAGAUGAGUUCGUGCUGCUGGUGGCGAAAUAAUCGAUCGGGACCUGAUUUGUACUGUGUGCCAUGAGUGAGAGUUGUGAUUAGUUGCGGUGGCUGUUUUGUACGUUGAUGAUGUCGAUAUGGAAUCUCCAUUUGUGUGGAUCUUUGUCCAUGUUUUCAUGCA